GAUGACAUAAUGAUUUUCCUUUAAACUUUGAAUAGCCUAUGCUAGCGGAAACUAAACGAGCUGGAAUUGCCGGAUGUGAAGACAGUGAAGUCGAAGAUGGGGUGGAGUACUACCGACUAAGAUCUUUCUCUAUAACAGCAAACGGUGUGUUCAAUCUUGGUGACUCUCUUAAAAGCCGUCGUAGUCGGAGUAUCAACAGCGUCACGUCUUCUGGAACAAGCUGUAGCAGCACUAGAGAUGCUCGACUACUCAGUUCAGCGUCACAGCACUCGUGUAUUGAGAGCGAGGAUGCUGAGAACUCAGGACGAGUGGCCACUUACAAAGUAGGGAUGCUUGGCGCCGCAGGAGUUGGCAAGACAGCCCUCACUGUUCAAUUUACUACCAGCGAAUACAUUUGCGCCUACGACGCUUCUUUAGACGACGAGUAUGGACAAAAAAGUGUGUCGGUAAUGAUUGACGGCCAAGAAGCUGAGCUAGAGAUUGUUGACCAUCCGACAUCUGAAAUGGCUGUUGAAAGCUUUUGCGCAACGUAUAACCCAGACGUCUACGUCGUAGUGUACUCAGUGGUGGAUCGACAGAGCUUCAAAGUAGCUGAAGAAAUUCUUCUUUAUUUGUGGAAAAGUGACUACAUGGCCACUCACGGUGUUAUUCUUGUUGGUAACAAGGUCGACCUCGAAAGAAAGCGCGAGGUUUCGGCUCUUGUUGGGAGAAGACUCGCCAAUAGCUGCGGUUGCAAGUUCAUCGAAACGUCUUCCGGGCUCGCUCAUCACGUUGAUGAAUUGCUCGUUGGAAUAUUGGCCCAAAUCAAAUUGAAUCCACAGCGAAAUCGAGAUCAAGUAACAAGACGCAGAAGAAGUAAACAUCGAAGGAGAAUUCUCAAACAUCUAUUAGGUUUUAAAAGAAAAACUAAAAGUUGCGAAAAUUUGUUUACUUUAUGAUUUCAUUAUUUUUAUUUAUCAAUUUCUUUUUUUUUUGUGCCGUUAUUG